AUGGCGUCCCACCAUGAAAUCAAGAAAGCUGAGGAGGCAUACCACAAGCUCCAUCAAGCCCAUGAGUGUCACUCCCUACUGAAGAAGUACCUGACGAAGAAGGUGCUUGACGAGCUCAAAGACAAGAAGACCUCAAUGGGAGCUACGCUGAUGGAUGUCAUUCAGUCCGGUGUGGCCAACCUCGACUCUGGCAUCGGCCUGUAUGCACCGGAUGCGGAGUCGUACAAGGUGUUUGCGGCUCUCUUUGACCCAGUCAUUGAGGAGUACCAUCAGGGAUUUAAGCCAAGUGAUAAACAGCCACCCAAGGACUUUGGUGACCUGAGCACACUCGUUGACGUGGAUCCCGAUAAGAAGUACGUCAUCUCCACACGUGUACGGUGUGCGCGCAACCUUGAUGGCUAUCCGUUCAACCCACUCCUCAAGAAGGAGCAGUAUGAAGAGAUUGAGUCCCGUGUCAAGGCACAGUUGGAGACCAUGACUGGUGAACUGCAGGGGAAGUACUACCCACUGACUGGAAUGAGCAAGGAAACGCAGAACAAGCUGAUCGAAGACCACUUCCUGUUCAAGGAGGGUGAUCGCUUUCUGCAGGCAGCACACGCCUGUGAUCACUGGCCAACUGGUCGUGGUAUCUACCACAAUGAUGAAAAGACAUUCCUCGUGUGGGUCAAUGAGGAAGACCAAUUGCGUAUCAUCUCGAUGCAGAAGGGUGGGAAUCUGAAGGAAGUGUUCAGUCGACUUGUGGAAGGCGCCAACGCUAUUGAGAAGAAGGUCAAGUUCCUGCGUGAUGAUCGCCUUGGCUUCCUGACAUUCUGCCCGACCAACCUGGGCACUACAAUCCGCGCCAGUGUGCACAUCAAGCUGCCGAAGCUCGGCGCCGACCGUAAGAAGUUGGAAGAGGUGGCGGCCAAGUACAAUCUGCAGGUGCGGGGGACUGCGGGCGAGCACUCGGAGAGCCACGGUGGGGUGUACGACAUCAGCAACAAGCGUCGCCUUGGUCUCUCAGAGUAUGAUGCCGUGAAGGAGAUGCAGGACGGUAUUCUGGAGCUCAUCAAGGCAGAGGAAUCCAAGAAGUGA